AUGGAUAUUGCCCAAGAUCCUGAAAAGGGCAAUGAUCGCUCUGCACCAGAUUUAUGGGAACACAUUGCACAAGAAUAUAAACAAAUGCUACCGGCACACAUUUGUACUGAUCGAACUUCAAGAUUGCUGCAUAGUCGUUGGGCAAAUAUAUCAACAGCGGCUAGCAAACUAAGAGGGUGCAUUCAACAAAUAGAGAACAUGAACCCAAGUGGUGCAUCUGAACAAGAUAUUGUGAGUAUCUUAGCAAAUGAGUUAGUAAAGCAAGAUCCCAAAUUCAAAGGCGGAUUUAAGUUUGAUCAUGUAUGGCCGAUUGUCAAAGGCAUGCAAAAAUUUUGCAAAACUGGGAGUUUGCUAAAUGUUGGAGGUCGAAAAAGAACUUCCGAAGGAUCACAAUCACAAUCUUUCGGAACCAAAAAGUCAAUAGGCUCUUCCUCAUUUGCUGUUGAUUUGAAUGAUGAUUUUGAAACUGAUGAACAUUGUAAUGAAAUGAACAAUGUAGGUGAACGUCCUACGGGGAGGAAGAAGGAAAAGAUGAAGCAUAAACUCUCGGAUGAGCGCAAUCAAUUUAUUGCCGUAAUAGAACAACAAACUGCACAAUUCAAAGGAAUGUUCGAAAACAAUCAUGAGCUACUCCAAAAACAAUAUGAGCUUGAUUUGCUUACAGCUCAAAAUGUAGCGAACAAAAUAACAUUGGGAAAAGAAAAAAUGGCAUUAGCAAAACGAAAAGAAGAUAACAAAAUCUUAAGGAUGAAUUUAAAUUUGAUAGAAGAUCCAGCUGUGCGUGAGUCGAUUAGACGCCAACAACUACAAAUUGUUGCAGAGAGAAAUCAAGAGCAUGGAGGAAGAGUUGAAUCAAAUCGUGAAUUUGAUCAAUUCUUUGAUAAUUCGGGAGGAAGUGGGAGUGGACUAGGAAAUUAUUAA